CGUCCGUCGCCCGCCUCUCCAGUUCGGCGGCCGUGCUGUGCGGGUUUGUGGCUCCGUGGCGCGCAGCAAAACGGGUUUUGGGGGGGUCGAGUGCGACUCGUUAGUUCGCAGCGAUGUGCGAAGUCUGAAACGAGGGGGAAACUUCCGCGGGUCCUUCGCUGUGGUCAUGGUCGGCGCGGCCGCGCAGGCGCUGUGGCGCCACCUGCCCCUCGCGCUGAACACGGCGCUGGUCUUCUCCGUCACCGCCGAGGUCAGCUACCUCGUGCUGCUCGCGGCGCCCCUCGAGCCCUCGCAGAAGGAGAGCGCGUGGAAGGCGGCCCACCUCUGCGCGCAGUACUUCAUGCUGGGGAGCAUAACGUGGAACGCGUCGCUCUUCCUCAAAACGAGCCCCAGUAUUCGCGGGGUGUUUUUUAGCGGAGAUUUCGUGGGGCAGGGAUGGAGGUACUGUUACACCUGCGAGACACACACCCCUCCACGAUGCUCGCAUUGCUACGACUGCAAAGUGUGCGUGCUGCGUCGUGAUCACCACUGUGUGUUUUUUGGCCAGUGCGUGGGUUUCCGCAACUACAGGUACUUUCUCAGCUGUCUGCUGUUCAUGUGGUCCGGUCUGUUGUAUGCUGUGGUGAUGAAUGCCGAGGUCUUCAUCAUCAUCUUGAAGGAAGGCGUCACGUUUCACAGUGUCGCGUUGCUCUUGCUUCCCUGGAUCAUGCUCGUCACGGGUCAGGUGACCGCGCAGGCCUUUGCGUUCGCGUUCAUCGCCGACACCUGCGUGGUAGGCUUCUUGCUGGUGUCUGCUUUCCUCUUCUUCCACGUGGGGCUGAUGGUGAGGGGGCAGACCACGAGGGAGUGGUACUCGUCCCGCCGGCCCUACAGCUUGGGGCCGCUGGCCAACAUCCGCGAGUGCCUGGGCGUGCGCUGGUACGUCUGCUGGCUCUGUCCUCUCAUCCCCUCCGCGCUGCCAGGAGACGGCAUCAGCUUUAAGGUCACUGGCCCCCUGGAGCCCAUGCAGUGAUUGUCGUGCACAGUUUUCCUUCCUAAAAACGUACCCGGAUGAGUGUGAAAUUAGAAAGUGGAGUCUAUACUAGCUGUCUUGGGACGACUACCAGCAGUUAUUUCAUGUGAGCAGAUGUAGUAUUCAACUCAGACACGGAGGGUCGCAGUCGGUGGAUGAUUCUGAUUUGAUUUUAAUGAGAUUAUCUUACUUGCAAGGAAUGAUGUGUACUGUGAUGUGGUUGUUGCAUUUAAUCAGAAAUAUAAAAAUUGUUGCAGUAAAAGUCUUGCCAUGAUUUUGUAUAACCCAUUUGGUUUAACUCGUACCUAUUGGAUUGAGCUAAUUAGCAACUCCAGGUGCUGUGAACUACAUCCUGGCCAAGUCUUUUCCUGAACCCCAACUAUGCAUAUCUGAAUUUACUACUACAUUUAUGUUAUGUAAUUAUUGUCUUAAACCACAUGGUUUUUAUUGUGUAGGCAGAAUUCUUAUUUUUUUAUUUCUGUCCAUGCAGUUUCACUUUAUUUUAAUUACUCAUUUAUGUGCCACAUGACAUGUUAAAAUCUAUAUGCCAAGGUAUUACUGUUAUUUUUCUGAGUUAAUAAAAACAUUUUGUACCACA